AUGCCCUCCGAUUCUUCCAUCGAGUCCUUUACCAGGGACUGGGAGCGGUGCUUUGACAGGAAGCCGAUCUCCUCAAACCCGGUCAUUGCCGAUCUCGAUGUCGAACACAACGAACUCGCGCAGACCUGGAAAACCUUUGUUCGCCAUCUCCCGCCCGGCGACCGAGUCGAACGGGGCGACCGGGCCCCAUCGGUAGGCGAUCUCGUCGCCCUUAUACGAAACACGCAGUCCCUUUGGAGAUCUCAACCUCGUAAACGGGUCUUUGGCCAGGCCCUAGACCUUUGCGACAAAUUUGUACCGACACUAGAAACACAUGCAACCUUGUUGGCUGUGCUGCCAGAUGCCGACCUCUUCCAUGCCCCUCUCUUUUAUAGCGUGCUACAGACGGUGAUCAAGGCAUCGUCACAUUACCCUCAUGUCAUUGAGGCACUAAUCACAGCUCUGCUGAACAUCCAUAGCGCCCUGGACCUACCCUCUGAACCUCUCAUCCCCUCAACCCAUCUAAUGCCCGUCGCCAAAAUAUACGCUCUGUGCUUCUUCUUCCUGACCGAGUUCAUUGAUUGGUUUAUCCGACGAUCAACGUGCGAACUGCUCAAGAGCCAUAGCCAGGAUGGGUACUCGGAAUUUCAUCACCUCGUCAGCUGCAUUCAACGUCAGGCCCGGGCCCUCACCGACUCAUCCGACGCCAUGGACGUGGACAUGGACGAGAAAUCCGACGCGGCAUAUAGUCCGCGUGCUCUCUGGGAAGAAUCUCAACUGAGCCAGGUGGGCCGGCAGGGAACCGAUCGUCGGAUAGCGGCGCAGAACACCAUUACACGCCGCCUGAUUUGGGAGAUCCAGCAGGAUGCCGAGGAGCGGGCUCGAAUUCGACGGCAGAGGGACCAGCUGCUGACGGAGAUGCUGAAAGCUGUCAAUGACCAGCUCCGCCCGGUCAAUGAGCAUAACAGUGGGAUCGUCUGCAUGACCACCGCCGCGCCUGAUCUUGUGGCCUCUGCGUUUGAAUGGUCACGUGUGUCCAAACGUCGUCUUGCUCGUUUGGAGCUUCAAAAUGCUUCCAAACAUCUUGAAGGGUUCUUUGACAACGACGAUCAGGUCGCCGACCUGGACCCCGAUGUUCAAGUAGCUGUCGAAAGCAGCGUGGUCGCGACUCUUCAAAAAUGGGUUACCAACCCACGUUCUCAGGCUCUUGCUGUUGGGGGAACCCCGUCCAGCGUCUAUCCUAGUCCCGUGGCUUCAAUCUCGGCCUGUUUUGUGUCUUUUUCCCGCCGAGCGCGACUUCCAGUCAUUGCCCACUUUUGCACCCUACCAGACAAAGUCGUGAAGGGCCUUACUACACACCAACAGGGUUUGAUUGCCCUCACAUAUAGCUUGAUUCGCCAACUAAUCGAUUGUUUACCUACCGUCGUGGACAGCGACUCGUUACUUGAUCUGAGUGCCGAGCGAUUUCGCCAGGUUGAUGGUACGAUCUCCAGUUGGAAGGCGGCUCUAGCCUUGGUGGACACACUGCUGCAUUUCGUACCGCCCUUGCUCGUCUGCGUGAUCGACGGCAUCGACACGAUUCACGAUGCAUCUACCGACGCCGCUCUACGGGAGUUGAUCCGCGUUCUUCUCACCCACACGCGUCACCAGCCUCAGCCCGCCAACAGCGAGUGUUCGAGCCCAACCUUCCUGUUCAAGGUUCUCUUCACUGUCACCGGUCGGCCUAGCGCGUUGGUAGAGACCAUGUCUGAGAAUCAGCUCAUUCUGAGUGAACCGACGCUCUCUACUGAGCUCACUUCCUCCGAUACAGUUCUCACCUCGGAUUUGGGAGUUGUCAUGAUGAAUGCGUGA